CAACAAUCCCUUUAUACUUUAAGGAUAUUCGAUGUCGAUUACUGAUCGAAGUACUUAUGUGAUUCCUAAAUGACGAAUAAUGGGAAUUGUACAACAAACUAAAUACCUCGUUCUGAAAAACUUCCACAUCAAAAAACGGAAUAAGCGGGAAACUUUGCAAGAGAUACUCAUCCCAAUUUGGUUCAUUGUGACGUUAGCGAUCGUAAAAGAAGGUUAAUAACGGAGCUGAAACCAGCUGUAAGAGAAAAUGAAAUACCGACAGCGAAAAUUUCCAGCAUGGGACUGGCUGGAUUACCGGGAAUUGCGAGCUCCAAGCCAAAUAUCGGCUAUGUCACCAACAAUCUCGCAAAUGCUGGUUCGGUUAUGGAGAUAGUUAGGAACACCUCAAAGGACAGUGCAAAAUAUGUUGAGUUUAACACUACAGACAGUUUGAUAGCCUUUUACAUGGAGCACACCAACCUUCUUGUGGGAAUCGAAUUUUGGAAUGGCAAAGAGAAAGGACUUGCUUACACACUUCGCGUCCCGAGAGGUCGACUCCCCUUACCAAAGAACAGACUUGUCGGUGAGUACAGCUACACAUACGUGCAUUAUGGAAUCGCACCCAUUGAAAAACGUCCCACGGGAAAAUGCAAAUAGGCUAGAAAAGAGAAAGAGAGCAUGCGUAACUUCACGCAGGCCUGUCAAUCCGACUGUCAAUCAUGUAAUAUCCCGUGUAUGCCGUAUUCACAAGUACUGUUUCUUGCUCAGACAACCGAAACGUAGUGCCAUUCAUCGAAGAAGAAUAGACAUAAUUAGUAGCGUUAUCUUGAUUAGGCUAUGUAGUUUAAAUUAACUUUUAAUGUCGGGUUUUUAAUUGAAAUGCGGCAGAUUUACGAGGUUCGACCAUCAAUUUCACCAUGAAAGCAAAAUAACAUUACAUAAAUAUUCCUUUUUAGCCCGUUAUUGCGUUCAUUUUCCGGUAACACGUCGGUGAAGUCUAUUUACUUUUUUCAUCACUUUCAAACAAUAUUAAUUGUUCCAAUUGUAUCUCCAUUGUCUCUACAUGGACACAAGUGAAAUUUUACAACUCCCGUUUGGGAAUUCGUUAAUUCAGAUCUUAAGAGACCAAAGCUGGCAACCUCCUUCCCAGGUCACUGUGCCUGCAAAGCAUCAUGGGUACCCCACUUUUCCUGGGUGAUGCUUUUUAAUGGGCAUGAUUCCAUAAUGGUAUAUGAUCGAAUGCAUUGUUUACAUUGAUUAUUUAUGACAUCAACUCCUUAGACGCAGAAUAUUCACGAGGUGUGUUUUUGAAACCAGUAUGACAGGGUGUAACAAUAUUCAAAGCUGAAACCCAAGACCUGGAACAUUGAUCCUCCUAAAAUGUGAAAGGUUGUUUGGUAGCACAUCCCCAUCCAUAGUAGGGAAGGGUUGUACCCUCCUUCCCCUGAAAUGUAUCUAGACAAGCAUACAUCUCAUGAGAUUAUUUUGAUAAGAUUUAAAAAUGCGUAGUCUAAGACUGCAUAUAGCUGCACAUUUUGCAGUGACCUUUACAUUAAGUUGGUAUUCAACCCGUUUAAAAUUAAGAGUUGGUUUAGGGUCAAGGAUUCUAUCCCUGGGGGUUUACGAUUGCAAAUUAUAUAUAACUUUUCAUGUGCAAGCUGUAGUGCCUGUUAUGUUGGUGAAACCAACAAACACACUGCCUCCAGCAUCUGCAAACAUUUCUCCUUUGACAAACAUUCCCACAUCUUUCAGCACCCAAGAGGUUCUAAAAAUUGUUGCUCCCAUUGUUCAGAAGAUUGUUUUAAAAUUCUGGACUCUGCUUCCACAAGCUUCCAAUUGAAAAUUGAGGAAGCCAUGCUCAUCCUUUGGGAGCAGCCAUCUUUAAAUUCCCAGGUCAAACAUCUUAUUUAUCCCUUUCAUACUAAUUAGUCUCCCUUCUUAGCUUAAAUAGUUUCACUUUUUUUUAAAAUUAUUCUUGUUAACGUCUCACUUUGUUUUACUGUUUAUUGCAUAAUUUCAUUUUGCUUCUCAUUAAACAACUGAUGAUGGAUGAUGUUUCAUCUGAAACAUGUUUUGUUUUCAUUGAAAAAUGUAAGAAAAAUGAACUUCAAAAGCAUUGUGUGGUUCAUCAAAGCAACAUGUAUUAAUAAUAAUAAUAAUAAUAAUAAUAAUAAUAAUGAAUAUUUUCAUAUUUCAUCAACAUGUCAUCUUUUUGCUAUAGCAUAUUGACAUGACAAACUGUUUACCUUACAUGCAGUUAAAUUUACAUAUACAUCUAAAAACAGUUGGUUAAUGCGCAAACACCCCAGUGGUCAGAAAAAUGUGUUUCUAAAAUAAGGAAGCUGAUUUGUGUUUCUGGUAGAUUUGUGAAUAUAAGGUCAAUACAUGUUUUGCUGUUAGUAGUAGCACUUGAAACUUUUUUGUUUAUAAUUACUCCUUGUAAAUUUAUCUUAAAGAGAUACUCUUUUGAAGUCACCCAUAAACAGACAAGCACUAGAGUGCGAAGAUUACUGUUCAAAAGUUCUAAAAGUUUUAGGCACAAAUGCUCUUGUGGUAUUAUAAGGGAGCAACAUAAUACAACGAGUGUAAUACGAGGAAGGUUCAAGAACCUCAUUACAAUCAACUCAAUACCAUUUGUAUUGUAGCAAUAAGGAUAACUUAUCAAUUCAUCAUGUGCAUUGUCAACAUGGAUUUUUUGUGUGUUAAUAAUGUAUUCUGUGUUUGAAUUGUUCUCAAAUUCAUUGAAAUCAUUAGUGCUAUUGCUAACACCACUUAAACUCCUUCCAGAAAUAACUGGACAUGUUAAUACACUAUGCGUUUGACCUUUAUGUCCUAUAUAUUCUAACCUUCAAUUUGCUCUAGCAUUUGCUGGUUCAACCAAUGUAAUUUCCAUAAAAUUCUCAUCUGAUUCUCCAACGUAAAUCUUUAAAUUCAAAGUAUCAGCUACUGCUUGUGUUAUCAUGUUACCAGCCCAUGUACCUUGCAUAGACAUAUAAGAUAAAUAUUGAUAUUGAAUAGCUCAGAAUCAAUUUUAUCAAUACAUAACAAUGUAAUAUAAUUAAGUCUAGAAUAUUGAGUCAUAAUGUUACAUUCAGAAUCAAGCUGAUCAAUCACAUACAAAUCAUCAUGGCUGUUCAAAUUCACACAUGGAAGGACAGCCAUGACUGAACAAGCAUUUUGGUUGCAAGGUAUAAAAUCACCACAAAGUGUCAAAAAACCUGAAAAACUUUUGAUAAACUAACACUUUACAAACAUUUAGAAAACUGUGCCUGGAUACUGAUAAGGAAUAAGGAAAAAUCAUUGUAAAAUAGAGACAAAAAAACCCUAAAAUCCACUGAGUAUCUCAUAGUCACAUGGAGAGAACACACAUGGAAUGUCUCAAUCGAUAGGAAGCUGUGCUUGGGUCACAUUUUGAAGUGUUGGUUUUGCAUAUUAAAUCCUGUUGGUAUGAUUGAGUUCUUGUUGAGAUCUACCAAUCAGUGAGGGAGUACAGAUUGUGUGCCAUUAUUGUAUGUAAACUUAUGACAAGUCAUUACAUAGUGACCAACAACAGGCAAGCACAAUUUUAGAGUGACAGCUGCACAUGUGCGAUUUUCUUCCAGCCAACCACAAAGUACUCCACAUUUGUCAGUGAAUUGUAUUUGUAACUGGUGUGCUAAACGAGUGUAAUUUUGUUUGGCACCAAUCAUACUGCUAUUAAUGCUAUAAACAUGGUAUUUUAGAAUGAUUGCAUGGUUACAUAGGAAUCCCAACCAGGAAACAGCAAUAACCUCACAAACUUGAGGCAAGUAUUCAGCUGGGCUUCCUGUGGAAAGUUAACAACUUACACAAGCACUUACAAGGCAAUGACAUGAUGGCUAUGCAUUCCCAGAAUGCAGUAGCCACAAAAAUUAUAUAAACCUGAUUUAAUUUGUAGGGUUGGGUGGGGAAGGAUAUCAUUCCUGUGUAGAGCAAUGUUACUUCAAAACAUAUUCACACAACUAUUCAAUGUUUAAUUAUUUUCCUCCUUUCAGGUCUAGGUGAAUGUCAUGAUGUCAACAGCUUGUUUUCAGGGGGCUGCCCUGCCAAUUCUUAUAUUACAACAAAAAUAGCAACCCUGCAAACAAUAAUUGAUGCUGCUAUUACAAAGGUAAUUGCUGGUGAAAUGUAAUUUUUCUCAGGCAGACCCAGGAUUUAGUGAGGGGAGUUGGGGAGGGGGGGGUGUUCAAUAACUAUCUACUGAAAAGAGGACAAUCCUGAGGGAGGUCAGGAGGCAUGCCCUUGCCAAGAAUGUUGAAUGAAAUGUCUUGAAAAAAGUUAUUUCCAGUGUUUUAAGGGAAAAUUUGUAGAAAACAAAAGAAAUAACAAAUUUGCACAUGUUAGAUGAUUUUCAUUUUGACCAAACUGCCUGAAUCACCUCUGGAUCUGCCCCAGUUUUUUUUAGCUGGUAUUUCAGUUCCUUAACAGUCAAUAAUCUUUCAACAUGAGUGGGAAAAUGGGAUGAUAAGUAGAUUGAUUUUAGACUGUAAAAAUCUCUUGGUCUUUUAUUUUUCUUAAUUCAUUACUUGUCUAAGUAUUAGCCAUGCACAGUGAUUAAAGAAAAUAAAUUCUGGAAGGUAUACAGGGUUCUUUUCAGACAAAUUUUAAUUUUAGUCCUCUGACUUGUAAUUUGCUUUAAGUAAUAGAGGUGAUUUGAUCUAUGAAAUUUUUUGUUGUUAAAGGUUGAAGGGAAUUUACCUCACUUAAAUGUCCCAGACAUCAAGGCAAAGAUGAUGCCAAAGGCAUCUUACAGGCAACCUGAAGAAGAUUUUGCCUUCCUUAUUUUGAUUUUCAUGGUCUUAGCCUUUGUACCUUACUUCCUUGUAGUCCUUGUCAAUCUGAAAGAGAAGGAACUUAAACUGAAGGAAUUGUUGAGGAUUGUGGGUACUUCUGAUAUCGCAUACUUAUUGUCGUGGAUUAUUACAUAUGCAGUGAUCAUGCUAGUAGCCGUCCUCAUUUUGAAUGUGAUCACAAUAUUGGGAAACAUAUUUUCCAAUAGCAACUAUAUUGUGAUGGUCAUCAUCUGCUACCUGUAUGGCUUAAGCAUCAUCACAAUGUCUUUAAUGCUGACACCAUUCUUCAAAAGUGUCACGAUUGCUGGCCUUUUUGCAUCUCUGGUGACAACAAUUCUUGCCACAAUUGCCAAUCUCCUUGUCCUUUUUGAAGUGUCUAAUGUGGUGAAGUGGUUAUUGUCACUCUUUUCACCAACAGCAUUUGUUUUUGCCUUGCAUGAGGUAGGUUGAUGUUAUUUUCUUUCUCAUUCAUCACACCUUCAUUAUUUGCAAAUUGAAUGCAUUUAAAGAACUAUAAGGCUGUUAAAACUCACACAUAGAAUAGACAUUCAUUUGUCUGAAAUUGAAGAAGUAAGUAUAGAUAAAUGAAGACAUUGGUUUGUCCACAGUUCCUUGAAAAAUUGUUCCAUAUUAAAAUUUUAGGCUGUUGCAGGGGAAGGUCUGAACUUUGACAACUGGUCCACCAAAGGGAGUUUUCCAUCCAUUUAUCCCACUCUGAUGCUGCUGGUGGACACUGUUUUGUAUCUUUUGUUGGCUCUGUGCUUUGAUGCAGUGAUUCCUGGUAAGUGUGGUCAGUGUAGGCCCCCCUACUUCAUCUUUACACCAUCCUUUUGGAAAAGUAUCUGUAGCAAAAAGGAACAAGGGACAGCACCUUCUGAACAGCUUUCCACAAGAGUGGAGGAGGUAUCUGAAGAUAUUGAGGCCAUGCCAGCAGAUUUACAGGGGAAUGAAGUAAUAAGGUAUUACAAACUGGUGUAAUUUUAAGAGUGCUUGAAUGAGAGAGAAAAACUGUCACUUGUGUUGAUCUGCCAAAUGAAUUUUACUUUGUGGCUGUAUUUUUGUUUCUGUUUUUUUUUUUUCUUCAGCAUUCACAAAUUAAGAAAAGUUUACCAUGGGAAAGAAGAGGUUGUUGCAGUUGAUGGUAAGAGCUAUUAAACUUAUCAUCAGUCAGUUAGUCAGUGGGUGGUCAGUUGGUCAGUCAGUCAGUCAGUCACCAGUCAGUUAGUCAGUUAGUCACCAGUCAGUCAGUUGGUCAGUCAUUCAAUUAGUCAGUCAUAAGAUGGUCAGUCAGCUAAGCAGCAUGGGAAGCAGUCAUGUAGAUAGACAGUUAAUCAGUUAAUCAGUCAAGAGUCAGCUUGUUAUUCAACACAGUCAGUCAGUCAGUCAGUCAGUCCAUCUGUCAGUAAGGCAAGUGAACAUGAGGUAGUCAGUUCAUCAGUCACAUAAAGAGACAAGCAUUAGGUCAGUCAUUUUUCCAGUCAGCUAGUCAGCUGUUCACUCAUAUAGUUAUAGUCAGUCAUUUUAAAGCAUGUAAACUUCUGACUAAUGCACCGGUUCUCUCUUUUAAAUUGAGCAGACAGAACUUUCUUCUAUCUUUGAAGAUUAAGUCCUCGUGUAGAGAUCCUGGCCUUGAUGAUAACUUUUUGUGUCACACCUUUAGGGGUCAGCAUGGAUAUAUAUGAAGGUCAUGUGACAGCGCUGUUGGGUCACAAUGGAGCAGGUAAAACAACUCUAAUAGCCAUGAUGACUGGAAUGGUUCCUGCUACUGAGGGUUAUGCUACUGUCUCACGGAAAGGACAUCACCGACCCCAGUCAGAUGCAGGAAAUAAGAAAAGGCAUUGGUGAGAAUGCAAAUUAAGUGUAAUUUUCCUUUCUGCCAUCAGUCCUCAUUGAUAACCCAGCUCAAUGUCAAUAUAUGAGCAACUUCCCACCAACCCAUCCCCUAACCUAACAACACUCAACUGAUAACAAGUAGGGGUUGAAUUAAAGGAGGGGUAAACCCUACCUAUUAGUGUGAUAUACUCCACAAAUUUACUGCAAUUUCCUUUGUUAGUAAUCUUGGUUAUGACCAUGUCUUAUGGAUGGAUGGAUGGAUGCCUCUAUUUAAAAAUAAAAAUAAACCUCAGGGUAGCCCCAUCAGAAGCCCUAAAAGAGCCACCUGCUAUCAAUGGGAGCUCUGAGUAUAAACUAAAUAAAAUAUAUUACAAUUUCAUGUGAAAUACAAACACGAAGAUAUAAAACACAUUUAUUAGGCUUUAGAUUUCUAAAUUUAAAAUUAUGUGUAUAAAAAUUACUAUUUAUCAGUGUGGUGGUUUACAAUCCUUUAUAUAUAACUAAUUUUUCAUGUUAUUUGCUUUUGUUUUAUGCAAGGUGUAUGUCAGCAGCAGAAUGUACUCUUUGACUUUUUGACAGUGAAAGAACAUUUAGAGCUCUACUCUGGCUUGAAAGAAGUGCCAGUGGAGCAGAGAGAUGUCAUGGUAAAGUUGCUAGUUGCUUGUAACAAAUCUCUAUUGCAUGUUAACAUCUUUGCCACUUGCAUAGGUUAAUGACAAGCCAGUACAUGGUCUACAAUGUUACCUCAGGCCUUUUCUUUAGAAUGGAACCUGCACCUGCUACAGGCCAAUUUUGGAGUAAUGACACCUUUUGAAUACCCAUGUGAUUCUUCAUGAUACUGCCAAAAUAGUGGUUCAUCUAACUUGCAGAGAGAAUGAAUUAAAAUUGCUUCCUUUGAAAAGGAAAAAGAAAGAAAUCAUAAGACACCCUAAUUUUCUCUGAGAAAAAGAUGAUUUGCUUUUAUUUGAAUCAGCUUUGGCUGUAGAUGAAAAGCCAUGAUUUUUCUUAUAACCUGUGUGCCUGCAAAUCAUGUGAAUUAAAUGGUGCAUUUUAAGGAUGCAGAGUGGAAUUCAGGGAAACGACAUGAGGUAACACACUUUUUUUCAAGGUGAGUUCAUUGUUGAUGGAAAUUGACUUGGCAGACCAAAGGGACACUUUGUCAAAAGAUUUGAGUGGAGGCCAGAAGAGGAAAUUAAGUGUUGGCAUAGCACUCAUUGGGGAUCCAAAGGUAUAUACCUGUAUUUGUUAACUUGUAAGUGUUAUGAGAAAAUUAAAACCAAAUGUCAUUUAAUUUCUACAACCCAACCCCUGUUGACCUUUUCAUUGGAUGAAAAUCACAGUUUCAACUUUCUUUCCUAGCUGUCUGCCUUAUGUUUCUGAUCAUUUUAGUCCCAUGUAUUUAGUGUUUAACUUAAAUUCAAACAACAUGUUGACAGUAGCUUUUAUUUUUCUUCCUUGUCCUUACCUUCUGCUUGGAAAUAUAGUGAUUUUGUUUCAAGAAAUUUUGUCUCCAUCUCUCCUGAGAGUGAAAGGUGAACCCCUUUGUACAAGAAAUUUUAACCCCCAAAGGGAGAAAGGCAACUUCAGAGUUACUGGUGGUGGUAACCUGAAGAGCCUUCAACUCAGUAACCCUUGUGGGUCCAGGCUUGAAAUUAGAGUUCUUGGCCAAGAGUCAAGUGCACCAGUGUUAGUAACUUGUUCAACUUAGUUUCCCAGUUAAUGAUCAAAAGGAUUUAAUAAUUGUGUUCAAAUUAAAGGUGAUCAUUUUAGAUGAACCAACAAGUGGAAUGGAUCCAUAUGCACGACGACUCAUAUGGUCCUUGUUGAAAGAGAAGUGUAAAAACCGAGUGGUUCUCCUUACAACACAUUUUAUGGACGAGGCUGACAUUUUAGCAGGUAAAUAAAUGAUAUGAUUAUCAACUGAUUUCUGACUGUAACUAGUAACUAAUUUGUGUUUCAUAUCUCUGCUCUGAUUGGCUGUUAAUUGGUUACUUUGGGCUUUUUUCACUGAACACUCUUCAGCUUUCACAAAGCCCUCCCUCUUUUUCAUAUCAUAAUGGUUCCCUACAGGAUCACAAAUUGUUUAAAAUGUGGGGAUGAAAAUUUCUUGUGAAUUUUUAAAUCAGGAUGGUAUUGUCUAUUGAAUGGUUAUGUUUCUAUACUCCCAGAUUACAAGGUUAUUUUAUCCAAAGGAAGAGUGCGCUGUUCAGGAAGCUCGCUUUUUCUCAAGAAUCGCUUCGGAAUUGGAUAUCAUUUGAAGUAAGUAUUGGCCAGAAGUUUAUAUCAUAAUUUCUUUCAGCCUGUAGUUUUUUAACCAUUUUACUCCCAAGAUCUCAUUUUCAGUAAUUCUCCUUACUGUCCUACAGUGUUUGUUUUGGAGUAUUUGGUAAAUUCUUCCUUAAUUUAUAUUUCUCUUUAUUCUUGUCACUUGUUUUCUUGAUAUUGUUAGGGGCAAUUCUGUCUCAGUCACUCUUGGGAGUUAUAGGUUUAAGUCAAUUUGGACUUGGUCUUUCAUAUUUUCCUGCACUUUAUGUGGUUUGCUAGUUUUUACUUUGAGUUCUUUUUGACCCUUGAUAUAUUCUUUUUUUCUGAUUGACUGUCAUGUUACUUUUACUCGACUGGUUUUUUUUUUAUGGCAAUUGCAAGGCACUCUUCAAUUAACAAUAUUUUUUUCCCUUCAGUAUGGCUCUAGCAGAGAAUUGUAAUACUCAGCCAUUAAUUGAGCUUGUUCAAAGCAAAGUGGAAGGUGCAGAAGCUAUCCGUCACCAUGGCAAAGAAAUGGCAUUUUCCCUUCCUGUGGAACAAGUAUCAUGUUUUCCAGGUAAAUUUAAUGAACAAUUAACUGCCUUGUAAAAUGGCCAACUACAAGUUACCUUGGUGGUAUUUUUCUUGUAAUAAACAUAAUGAAUUGACUUAACUCAGCUGUGAAUUAAUUUUCCUCCCAUGUUUACUUUGAGAUGAACCAGUUGUUAACCCUUAACACCCUGACAUCAGUAUGCAUAAUCUCCACACUGUUUUCCAUACUUUUCCUAAGGUGCUGACAAGGAGCAUUUGUGUAACAAUCAAGACGUUCUUUAGUUGGUGAUCAUUUCCUUUGUUCUCAUGACCUUUAUGCAUUUUUGGUGUUGAUAUUAUAAGGAGAAAUUAGAUGCUAGUCACUCCAAGGGGUCAAAAGGUUAACAGACACUUCUAUCAGGCAAUUACCAGCACCAAAAUUAAUCACUAUCAAUAAUUGUAACCAGAAAGCUGUCUGAUCACGUAAUCUGAUCAUCUAGGUGAUGGUAGCUCAGACAAGAAUUUUUGUUGAUUUAUUGGCCACUGAUGUUUUGACAACUUUAGCAGGAGUCACAAUCAGAGUGAAGUGAAAAGGUGUUUCAGUAGUAAGUGUUUUAACCCUUCAAUCCCUGAUAGUGGCUAGCACCUAAUUUCUCCUCCUGAUAUCACCCAUGAAUCAAACAUUUAGGUCAUGAGAAUAUAGAAAAUAAUAAUCAAAUGAAGAAGCUUUUGAUUGUUAAACAAAUUCUCCUUGCCAGCACAUCAGGGAAUGUAUGGAGAACAGUAUGGAGAAUAUGCAUACUGAUGUUUUGGUGUAAAGGGUUAACUACAGUUUGUUUAAACUAAUUGGUCAGUUUGUCUGCAAUGAUGUUGACUGUAAUACUCAUUCAAGUGGUGUAUAUUUGUCAUGAUCAUCCUUAGGGAUGUCUGCCUAUGAAAAAUUUUUCUCUAAGGACAUCUCCUAUUAAUAUAUAAUCACUCAAUUUUCAAGUACAUACAUUUCAGAUCUAUUCAAGGCACUUGAGGACAACAAUGACAGUUCAGAAGGCUGUGCCGCCCCCUUAUUAGGCGUGACAAGUUAUGGUGUUUCCAUGACAACUCUAGAAGAAGUAUUUCUUCAACUAGAGGGCACCUCUGAAGAGAGUAAAAUAUCAACUGAUGAUGCACAAGAAACAGUACGAAAUCCUUGAGUUUAAAAUUGGAAAUUAAUACUCUAACAAUGGGGUGGGGCAUGCUGAUAUGAUUAGCUAGUAAUUUAGGAUUAUCAACUAAAUUGAUAAUGGUGCCACAGCGAUAUGCUUUAGAAAAUGGAAUUUAAUUGAGUGUACCACCAUAUUUGUGCUAUUGUAACUGAAAAUUAUCUGCCUUUACCUUAAAGUAACCCCAUUUGAUGUCCUUUCUUUUCUAUCUCUUUAUGCAAGUUUGAGCAAAGUGAUGCAAAUCUGUUGGCACCUUCAGAUGCCAUGAACAUUGAAGACAGAGGCUGUAGAAUUUCUGGGUUUGUUGAUGCCCCAAAUAACACAGGGUGGAACUGAAUAAUCCAGAACUGAUGGCUGAUUCACAGAAAUCAGUCUGGAAGGCAAAACAACAAGUCUUAGGAUUAAUGCGGGUAUGUUACUUCUCAAGACAAAUUAGAGCAGAUUUCCAUUAUAUUGGAUGUUGUAAAAGUAAAACUUUUUUUGUCUGGAUUUGCAUUUAUACCAUGGCUGAAAUUAAUGAGCUUUACUUUUCUGUUUCUUUUCAGAUUCACUGGUUAAUGUUAAUCCGUUCACCAGCCACGUCAUUUUUCAAAAUUAUUAUUCUGCUAUUUUUCAUAUUUGCUGGUCUUUCACUUUUACGUGUAGCCAAGAAUGACAGCCAAUCAGCAAUUGGUUUGAAACUGACACCUAAGAUGUAUCUGAAACCUGGAAGUAAAAAGGGUUAUGCCUCCUUUGCUCUUCUCCAGAAUUCAACCAAAGAGGCCAUGGACCAUGUUAUGAAAUACCUGAGUGAUUAUAGUGUUGGCACCUUGUUGGUGUCCUCUAUGAGUAGCAUAUUGAGCAACUCAUCAAGUGAUCUGUACAAUCUGGGAUUUGACAUUCUCAAGUUUCCUGCAGACAAUUUGUCGUCGUCCAGCGUAAGUAAUAGUAUUUUUGCCUGAAUUAAAAUACGACAAGAGCAUUAGUUGUUUAUUUCCCCCACUUUUCUCUUUAUGUUUGCUAUCAAUGGUACUGACAAGGAGAUUUUGUUUGACAAUUGGAAACAUCUUAAAUUGGUGAUUAUUUCCUUUAGCCUCAUGACCUUUGCAUUUGAUUCAAGGGUAAUACUGUAGAGAGAAAUUAGAAGCCUUUCAUUCUUAAGAGGUUGAAAUUAAGGGUCAAAGAGAAAGUUUCUGUCAGGCUCUUUUCAGUGUGUCACUCAACACAAAUGUACACUGUGAGACAAGUUAGCAUUGCCUUUUAGGAUCUUUCAUCAAGCUUUGAGAUGCGAUACAACGACACAGCUGUACAUAGUGUACCUGUUGGCAUCAACAUAUUGGGAUCUAUCUUGCACAUGAGUGCUCUAAAAAAACAAAAAAAAGCACCUUAUCCACUGGAGUCAACCAUUCUUGCCUUCCCUGACGUAAAACCUCAGUGGACUUUCAACAUUGUAGUACUUUCGUCAUUCCUUCUCAUUGGAAAAGCUUUCGGCACUAUUCUAGGUGACCUUGGAGUUCUGAUUGUAGCAGAACGGCAGGUGAGAAUAAAGAAAUGGAUGAAGGUUUCUGUGUGUUUGGCUCUUUGUGAUAAAGCCGUUUUUGAAUGAUUGUCGCCAGACAAAACCAAGGCUAUUUUAUCAGCCAAUCAAAACAAGGAUAAAUAUCACAAGUAUUCAUUAGAUUUUAAAGUAAAAACCUUUAAAGCCAGUGUGAAUCAUAAGAAAAUUCAGCAAACAAUUGGAAAGUUAGUAUUACAAGUUAUUUUGGUUUUGCAUUUGAUUUCUGAAAAGGUGACAACAGUAUUCUAGACCAGUCAUAGAAGAUAGUAAACUAAAAAACCAAUGUCAUUCCAAGUUGCUUUUAUUUGCUCUCUGUGGAAAAUUCUGGUACUCAUCUGUGGUGUGAUUAAUAGUUAUUCUAAAGGUUGAAUAAAUUUGAGGAAAAAGAAAAUUUCACCACACAGAGAGUUUGAAAAGAUUCCAAUUCAAAGAUAGGCCUAUUGUCACCUUUUUAAUCACAACACUUACAGUGUGGUAAAAACUCAAUGUUACUUCUAUCACAGAUGAAGAUGCGCCAUUUACUGAGGGUGUCUGGAGUAUCAUCCUUUGUGUAUUGGCUGGAGCGUCUUAUCUCUGAUGGCAUUGUAGCAUCGAUUCCAGUGAUACUGUUGUUGACACUUAUACCAGUCUUACAGCCGCCCUCACUGUCUCCUCCCCCUGCUAUGCACUGUGUAAUGAUUGCAACCCUUCUGUACAUACCUGCUGGGAUAUUGUUUUCGUAUCUCAUGUCCUUUAUGUGCAAUUCAAGGGAUUUCUCCAAGCAAGUUUUGCCAAGUGUGUUCGACGUUGUAAGUAUGAUGAUAAUUAAUGGUCAUUCAUUGUAAAGCCCCAUUCAAAUAUGGCCAUGAAAGUUAAUGAUAGUUGAUGAUGGUUUCAACAUUUGUUCACUAUCAUUGUCUGUCAUGUUUGUAUUUCAAAUGGUUCAUUGUUAAAGUUGAUAAUGGUUAAAAAAUCAUGUAAUGAGAUUGCACAAUUGUAAAUAAGUAUAGCAUGCACUAAGGUCAGCAAUUUUGGCAGCAUUUGAAAUUUUAGUCAAGAAGUAGCAAGUUGAAGAUACUAAAGCCUAUCAGGAGAUGAAUAGAAUGAGUAGCAAGAUAUUCUGCAAAAUUUUGAUGGCACUUUAGUCAUUUUACCAUUUGCCAUUUUGGUUUGAGCUGGCUUAAUUUUGGCAAAACUAUGGACCAAAAAGCUAUCGUUCACUAUCAUCUGCUGGUUCAAACAGCUAAAACUAUCAUCAGUUAUCAUGUUGAAUUUGAAAAUGUCCAAACUAAAUAAUAGUUGAUGAUAGCUGAUGAUAGUGCAUGAUAGUUGAAACUAUCAUCAACUAUCAGGACUGUUUCAUCUGGGCUUAUAAGGAUGGCUUUGCAAGCAGGCACCAUGGAGCAAAUCAUGUGUUCAGGUUAUCUACACAAGCUUAUUUUGGCAAUGGGGGUAUGUGCUCCCUUGCUUGCUGUCUUGUUGGUUCAGGUUGUAGAGUGCCCAACUGCCACGCUGGAGGUUGAAGGUUCAAGCCUCAGGUUUCAGAGUAGGCUUCUUACCUCGAUCCUGACUUCCAAUGUUGUGGUCUGGCUUUGAUUCUGAAAUCAGGGGUUUCUGCAAAAAUAUUCUUCACACAUUAUUGUUGACCAGCUCAAUGCAGUUUGGCCAAAGUACCCUGCAAAAUAUGGCUAUAGAAAUCCCUCAUUACUCUUAACCCUUUAACCCCCAAGAUCUGAUUGUUAAUUCUUCCCUCAAGCUACUAUACAUUUCCUUGUAAAUAAGUCAAAAGAAUUUGGUGUUAGAUCAAGACUACUAGCACCUACCUGAUAAGUUUGAGUAUUCUCAUUAAAUGUUGGCUGGAUAAUGUGUGGAUGUUAUAGGGAGAAGUUACAUGUUAAUCACUUAUGGAGUUAAUGGGUUAAAUAUUAUUAUUCUUAUUACCUACACCUUAUGAAAGCAGUAGCAAAAGAAGUCCAGGGAGGCUUAGUUCUUUUCAUGCAUGUCUGUGAAAUUGUUGCACUUUUUAGUAUGAAAUACAAGUAGGUUAGUUUUGUCAUAUAAAAACAUGGGUGUGACACAUAAGAAAGUGCACGCCAUAUCAAGAGGCAUCUAUCCACUGAGUGUAAUUGCCCCUCUGAAUUUGGCAGUGGCUUUUUUGUUGUUGUUGUUCCAUAGUAAUGUUUCUUUUUAUUUAUUUAAUUUUUUCUUUAGACCGGAAUAAUUCCAUACUUUACUGUAUCUUUGGUGGAUAUGCGUGUAAGCCGAGAUACUGCCAUUGUUCUUCAUUACGUGUUUGUAUUCCUGUUGCCUCCAUAUCAAGUAUUUGGAGCUUUGUAUUACAUUGACAGUGUGAGUAUAAAUACAAAUCUUCCUCAAAUGUACUAAGAGAUUUUCAGCCACAAUUUUAUCUGAUCUCUGGUAAGCUUGAUGAAAUUUUGGGUAUGAAGUUCAGUUCUUUACCUCUAUUCUCUCAGUGGAUGAUGCAAAGGCCUUAUUAUUGGUCAUUGCACUGGAUUCCUGCUCAACAGGUCUGGGUUUGAGACCUGAAUGGGUCAUUGUGUUGUGUUCUUAUAAAAAACACUCUAGUUAGUCACUAACUUUCACAGGGCCUCUCCACCCAGGAGUACAAAUGGGAACCAGCAAAUUGUCUGGGAAGCGUGAUGAAAUGCUGGCGGGUAACCUAGUGAUGGACUGGCAUCUCAUCUAGAGGGGAGUAGUAAUACUCCUAGUUGUUUCAUGAUAAGGAAACCCAGAUAAGCUUGGGCUGCAUGGGCUACUUGGCUCACUUGCUAACUUUUCACUCUCUCUGUUAUAUGCUACCUUUGAAGUAAAGACUUACUUGGUAAAGGGCUUCCUUUAUAUGUCUCACUAUGUUUUACAGGUGUACAGGUAUGAGUCCAUUAUAGCAGCAUUUAGAGCUGGUGGUCAAUCUGUUGAUGUAGAAGUCACUGCAAGCAACUACUUCAAGUGGACCAAAUACAAUGGCUUCCCAGCCGCAUUGAUUGCUGUAUGUUCUUGCUCAAUUCAUUCAUUACUCAGCCAUGUUAUUCAAGACAUGCACUCUGAGAAUCAUAAUUACCAGACAUGCUUUAGAAGGGCCUAAGUACUGUGCUGUGGCCAUUGCUCAACUGCAUUACCACUACAGCAUUGUGCUUUAUGUUGAAUACUAAAAAGAUGCCUUGAGGAGGGAUGGGUGUGGUCAUAUUUAUUUCCUGGGCAUUCAGAUCAGUUGCUGAUUUGUGAGGAGGGAGGGGGGUUGAGGGAAUUGUUUAAAAAAUCAUAGAAAAUCAAAAUAUGACUCAAUGUCUUUCUUCUGAUUUCCAGCCCAGCUGUAAUGAAUACUUCAUAAUUUAUACAGAAUGCAUUUUAUUACCAUCUUAAAAAUGGAAACUGAGACUAGCGCUAAGGUGGUACAUGUUAAGUACGAUUUUAACUGAAACACAACUCAGCCUAAAUGUUUACCUAAAUGUUGAUAAUACUUAAUUUAUUUACAAUAAGAAAAUUUCCACAGCUGCAUUUUUAUUUCCCUCCCCCUUUUUUUUGGCCAGGCAGGCCUCUCAUUUUCAAUUUGGAGCUUUUGGCUGAGGGACUCAAAGUUCUACAUAGGGGUCAGGUGAAAGAAAGAGGGAUGGCUUAACAUUUGAAUUUCAGUUACAUGCAUUUGACAUGAAGUUUUGAUCAUUACGUCUUGCAUUGUAAUAACUGAUGUCUCUUCUAUUUUGUCAUUUCUCAGCCUGUUUUUCAUACCAUUCUGUUUUCUGUGCUGAUCUAUUUCUUGGACCAACAUAAAACUGGUGGUGCUGUGAGUUGCAAGUGUUCCAAAAGGUAAUAAAGUGUAGCAAUUAAUAUGAUAGUUGUUGGCUGUAAAAAUGUGUACUUUUGGUAAGAGGUAAUAUACUCCUUGACAAAAGAGCCCAGCUUGGAGCAAAACUCAGAAUUCAAUUAUUGGAUACACUAUGAACUGUAGUUUUAUGAAAAUUCCAUGAAUUUCAUGUGAAAAACCCAUGAAGAUCAUUUCAUGGCCCAUGAAUACUGCAAAAUGAAAUUUCAUGGGGUUAUUUUUAGCCAUGAAUUUUCCAUGAAUUAGGGGAAUUUUUUUCAUGACCCAUGAAUUUCUUCAAAGUCAAUUUUUAUGACCCAUUGAUUUGCCAUGAAAGUCACCAGAAUUAAUUUCAUGACCCAUGAAUUUCUUUAUAUGCCUACUUUCAUGACCCAUGAAUUUCUUCAAAGUCUACUUUCAUGACCCAUUAGUUUCCCCAGAAAGUCAUCAGAAUGAAUUUCAUGCCCAUGAAUUGCAAUCAAACAGUAUUUCAUGGGCUAACAAUUUAUUUGUUUUGGGAGAACAAAAUUAAUGGGCCAUGAAUAUUUCCUGAAAUCUGUUGCCCAUGAAUUUCAUUGAUGAAUCCAUAGGCCAUUAAAAGUGGUAUUAAUGAGUUCAUCACAGUCACUGAUUUAUCAACGAGCUGACUUUCAUGAUCCGUGGAACUGACUUGUUAUAAAUUUAUCCACUGAUGGAAUUUUGGUGUACAGCGCGAAAACUGUCAAAUGAAAAUGUCCCUAAACAUCUUAAGUGGCCUUUGUUAACAUAAAAUGUACAGGAAAUCACAAAACAAUGACUAAAAACAAUGGAUCUUCAAUUUGCUCCUUUGUUGAGACACAUGGGGCUGGAGGCAAUGACCCAGAUGUUUGAUCCUCACUUUGAUUUUUUGGGGCCUUUUUGCCUUCACCAUGCCUGGACGACUUUGUUGAAUUUUUUCUGCCUCACUGCUGGCUUUGAUUGUUAGCCAUGACUCUGGAAAACUGUUCAAGGCCUUCUCUUACAUUCUUACGGCUGAGGAAUCUUCUAGGGCUUUUCCAGUAAGGCACCUGCAGAGUACAGAUGCUUAAGUUGUACAGCAAUGGUACACAUUGCAUCUACACGAAAUGUGGAACAAAACAAUGAAAAAUCAAUCACUUUGUCACCUCAAUUUGGAACUUUGAAUAGUGUGCAAAUGUAACCUGAAAAAAAUGCUAUUUUUACCUCGUUCAUAGAGUCGCCGGUUAACAGAGUCAGGCCAUCCUCUCAGUCGGGAUGAAACGUUACCUUCAUGUAUUCAUUGAGAUCGCCUUCUACAACAUCGUUGUUGAUUUCGUGGUCGCUUUCACAGGAAUCACUGUCGAUGUCAGCUCUGACUUUCUUGGACUCUGAUGUCCUGUCGGUUGUUACUUGCUUCAAAUUCCAAAUACCGAACAGCUUUUUGUGCUGCUUUAUUUUGUAAGAUUACAGACGCAGCAACGAAACCUCUUCGGAGUCAUUUCGUAACGUCGAACACGAUAACCUGUGAGGUCACUAUGUGACCGCUGACCUAUGAUGGCUGCGAUGACCUAAGGUCACCACGUGAAAGUACACGUGAUUUACGAAGAAGUGGCGGUUUUUUUCGUACCUCGAACGGAAUGGUUCCAUUCCAAUUGCAUUUCUCGUAGUGUUUGUGUAGCAGUCUCUUUUUUUCCAGAUCAACGCAAUGGACCGUCUGAAAAGUUUUUUCAAAGAGGUUUCCUCAAGAUGAAGUUAUCGAUAUGCAUUACAAUGUGAAGGGGUAAGUUCAAGCUUGAUCAUCUUAUUACGCGUAAACAUCGGAGCGCGCACGCUAACUAUUGAUUUAACUUGAAAAUUUUUAUUCUGUGAUCAUCUGGCGAAACAUCACAAGAGUUUGUAUGGAAAUACUUACGACCGUUCUUAGGAAUAAAAAAUACAGUCAAAUUCUGAAUACGAAAUACCUCACCUCACUUCCACAGUGCGUCGCUUAAUAUCUGACGGCUUUAUGUUGAAAAGAACCUGUUUUGGCGAGUUAUCCAUUUCUAGGUUUACUACGUACAUAAGAAAGGCUCUUAGAUAACUGAUGAUGUGCUCCCUUUAUUUUGCAAACAGUGAAGAGUGUUGGUCUACAAAACUGAUGAAAGGAAAUGCAAACUUGCUAAAGCAGCCUAUCUUGGUCCAAAUGAUGAUGAAGAUGCAAAUAGUAAUGAUAACCGAAAGAAGGAUGGCACAUUCAGGUGGCCAAAACAGAGACACUGACAUAGUCAGCCAUAGAUAUAUCUUCACACAUGCAAGAGUGCAGAAAGUUGGUAAUUGUUUUGUUGUUAGUUACCUUGAGAGUAUUGAUCACAAGUGUAAAACAUAUCAAGAAAUUUACAUGAAUGCUGUUACAUAAAUAGACAUAAUAACUGUCCAUAACAUUUUACACAUGAUUUUAGACGAAGGAAAUGAUAUUUGAAGUUUAGACAAAAAUACAUCAAACCAGUGAGUAUAUUUUCAAUAAUUUCGUCCAAAUAUUUUUCACAUCAAAUUUAUUUAUAAUAUACCUUCAAAAUAGUUUAAAUAAACAGAAAUAUAGGAGCAGAAUCUGUCUCCACAAGAAAAUCAGUGAUAUCAAAAUAGAGCUAAAAAUCAUUAACAUCUUAAUUUUAUGCAGAAAAUUUUAUACCAACUUUUUUUAUUUAAGAAAGUGUAAACUGAAUUAUCACAAUUUUAGAAUCCUAAAAUAAUAUUUAUGUACAGCUGGUGAAACAAAAUAAACUAUCAGAGAAUCCAGACUUCUGGUCAUGUCUUUCAUGUGUGUGUGCUUGUACAACAGGACCAAGAAGUUUCACAGAUAGGUUAGUUCUUCAGUGUAUAAUUUAAGUGAUAGUGUAUGUAUUACAGUUGUGGUGUACUGCAAGCUAUACACUGUAGUACAGUCUUUGGUACAAGAAAAGUGAAGAAUUUUUAAUUCCAAAUUCAUAGAGUUUCCAAAGAAUUUUCAUGGUGCUUGCAUAUUCCUAACAACCCCAUGAAAACUUAUGGAGCGUUAUUAGGGUCAAAUUUAGAAAACAAAUUAUGUUAUGGUGUUUGAUAUUUCAUUUGGCCGAACUACAGAAUUAUGUUCCAGCGUUGCAUGGAAUUAUGUUCGGCUCUUUUAACUUGUGUUGGGAGUAUUUCACUUAUAACUAGGCUGGCAGUUUUUUUUGAGUUUAUUCCAAUUUUGUUUGGCUCCUCCGAAUUAUGUUCGGAACGCGGCUACUCGAAUUAUGUUCGGCAAGUAGACUGGUAGCCUCACGAUAAGAAAUUCACGUGGAGUCCCGGGGCGAGAAACAUUUCCCGCGCUCUCUAUAAUUUAUUCUAAUUAUUACCAGUGUUCGUGUACUGUUCUGUCGAACAUGGCGGACAACAAAUGUGGAAGAGGAAACCAGAAAAAAAAACCAAGAAAAUCGAAACGAAUGCAAAAGUGCUAAAGCAAUUAAACUUCUACGGGAAGUUACCUCGCUUCUCAGUGAGGGUGAUAGCAAACCAUAUCAACCGGCAGCUGAACAGAUUAGUCAAGCAAAUGUUUCUCGCCCCGGGACUCCUCGUGAAUUUCUUAUCGCGAGGCUACCAGUCUACUUGCCGAACAUAAUUCGAGUAGCCACGUUCCGAACAUAAUUCGGAGGAGCCGAACAAAAUUGGAAUAAACUCAAAAAAAACUGCCAGCCUAGUUAUAAGUGAAAUACUCCCAACACAAGUUAAAAGAGCCGAACAUAAUUCCAUGCAACGCUGGAACAUAAUUCUGUAGUUCGGCCGAAUGAAAUAUCAAACACCAUAACAUAAUUUGUUUUCUAAAUUUGACCCUAAUAACGCUCCAUAAAAACUAACUGGCAAUUAACUUUCAUGUGCCAUGAAAAAACCAUGUAGAGGCCAUGAAAAUUCAAGGAAAAUUUUCAUGGUCUAUGAAUUUUUUACAUAUUCACAGGAUAUUCAUGGGUCAUGAUUUGCUGCAACCCAUUAAAAACUAGUGAACUUUGACACCAUGAAAUUUUGGGCUUGAAAUUCAUGGGUUUCUCAGUACCUUUGAAAAGGCCAUGAAAUGCCAUUUUCAUGGGUAUUUCAUGGCUUCUAGGUCACUUUACUCAAUAUUUCAUGGGUCGUGAAUAUGGAAAUUUUCACAGGUUUUUCAUGGGAUUUUUCAGGUCUUUUUCAUGGCACUGAGACCAUGAAAAUGUCAUUGAUUUAACCAUGAAAAUCCUGUGAAAAAUCUGUGAAUUUACAAUGAAUUAUUUCACAAGAUUUUCAUGGGUUUUGAGUUCAUAGUGAUACCUCUAGGUUCAUUAAGAAUGCAUUUUAUUGACCUUUGCCAAGUUGAUGCUCUCUUGCCCCCCCCUCCCUUUCCUUUUCUUGUUUGUUGUGGAGUGCUUUAGUCAGAGUUCUGCUUGCCUCUUUAGCAUGAAUGACAAGAACAACGCGCAUGUAGACAGAAGUUUCAGUUACAUGCGACUGGAAAGUGAGGAAUCAAUGGAUCCAACCGAUGAGGAUGUUAGGAGGGAAAAAGAAAAAGUCUCAAACAUGGUUUCCAUAGAAGACUCCACCUUUUCUGCAAUAGUAAAGGUGAGAAAGAGGAAGUUUUCUUUGGAAAUGGUAGUGUACCUUAUACUCUGAUCUUUUCAAAAAGUCCAUCCUUUUAAAUUUGACCAUAAGAGCAAAACAACCAGUCAGAGUUAUCCUGCUUUAACCAUAAAGCUGCAUUUAGACUGGCGAGGUUUUUAUACAGCCUUUUUGGCAAUUUUACCCUGUAACUCCCAGGGGUAAAUAACAAUGAUGCAACUUCUCCAUAAAGUAUCCGGCCAACAGGUAAUGAGAAUUUUCACACUUAUCAAGUAGAACUUGUUAUCUUGAUCUAACACCAAAUUCUCAUAACUAGUUUACAAGGAAAUGCACAUGUUACAGCUAAAGAGGAGAAUUAACAAUCAGAUUGUGGAGUGAAAAUGUUAACUGAUUAUAAUAUUUUGUUAAUGUUUUUGGAUUAAUGUAAGACUCAAGACACUCAGUCAGUUUUGAUCUAUUAUAAAAGUCAGCCGAGAGGUUCUUUUUGAGGCUUCCCCUUAUCAGAACAAUUACACUACAGAACUAAGAAUUGAUAGACUUAUACUCAUUAUUAUUGAUAGUAUAAUUACUUUUACUGAAAAAGUUAAACCUUUUGGUAUUAUUUAUGUUUGCUUAGGGACUAUGGAAGAGAUUUGGCUCAGGAAAGAAGGCUAAAACAGUUGUCAAAGAUCUGUACUUUGGUGUUGAGCAAGGAGAAGUUUUUGGACUUCUUGGUCCAAAUGGAGCUGGCAAGACAACCUCCCUUAACAUGGUCACAGCAGACAUUCCACCAACAAGAGGAAAGGUAAUGUAAGCUACUUGAUCUGUGAUGUUCUGAUGCAAAUCUUAAAAGCAAAUGUGGUUUGUUUGUUUUUACUUUGACCUUUUUUUGGCUCUUUGUUCCAACCCUCUUGACUAACUGCUUUGAUUACUUUUUGCUCUGGUUUUACAACACAUUGUAAUCCCUGUAAGUGUUUGUAAAGUUUGCUUUCAAAUCAGCCCCUUCAUAUUAAACACUCAGAUCCUGUUUUGUCCUUCUUUGUCCCAGGUCUAUGUAGCAGGUUAUGAUGUCAGAAAACAGUCCCAUGAGGCAUUUCAACACAUGGGAUUUUGCCCACAGGAAGAUGUACUCUGGGCAAAAAUAACAUUGCAAGAGCACCUUGAGGCUUUUGCCAGGAUGCGUGGCAAGCCAAGGGGGGAGGUCAAACGGGUAGUUAAGCAGUGAGUUCAUCUUUCUGAGAGACUAAAAGCUCAGGAAAACCUUCAUGCCUUAUAAGAGUACAACAUUUCCCUUCCCUAAGCUAUUGGCAAAUUUAAGUUAGCCCCCUUUCUUUGAAUCAGGGCCAGAAGAGCAAGAAUAAAUUGUUUGCAUCAGUAGGAGUGCUUUCUCAUGAAUGGGUAUCCAGUUACUUCGCCACCAAGCAGACUCGCCACCAGUGAACUCGCCACUAAGGAACGAUCUCGCCACCAACGUACUCGCCACCAAGCGAAGUCUUCUCGCCACCAACCACCAAUAAAGAGAUUAGUCGAGGAGAGUAGGAUGUUCGGCUGAUAAGUUUGUUUGCUUGUCUGUACUCAAACUUUAUAAACGUAUGUUGUCGAAAGCACGUUCGAAACCGAUAAGUUUGUUUGCUUGUCUGUACUCAAACUUUAUAAAUGUAUGUUGUCGAUAGCACGUUCAAAACCGAAGUAAGUUUUUAUUCCUUGCAUCGAGUUUUGCAAUUUCUCCUCGCUUUCGUGCAAAAGACAAACGUGAUACGUUUUGAUGUCAAUGAGUUAGGAACGGAACACAUCUAACACGUCGCUGAAGGUCAUAAUUUAAAUACAGACAAGCGCACAAACGUAUCGGCCGAUUUGAAUUGUGCUCGUUCGAACAUCCUACUCUCCUCGACUACUUUAUUCUAGUUUAUCUCUUUAUUGGUGGUUGGUGGCGAGAAGACUUUGCUUGGUGGCGAGUACGUUGGUGGCGAGAUCGUUCCUUGGUGGCGAGUUCGCUGGUGGCGAGUCUCCCUGGUGGCAAGGUAACUGGUAACCCAUGAAUGACUGUGGCUUAUUGUGUCUAUCUCAUGCCCAGUACCUGGCAUGUCUGCUUUUAGCCAUUUUGCAAUUGAGUAACAGUUGUUGUAUUGUUUAGAAAGAACCAAAACCAGAGCUAGAUUUUUUGCUAUUUGUGCAUUCUUGCAGUAAGCAUGGUUUUAAAUCUAUCUGAUAACUGAACUGGCCUCAGGCAAACAGGAAAUUGAAUGGGGGAAGGAUGGUGGAUAAAAAUAUUUGAGUCUAAAAUUAAAAGUUUGUCAGGCUUAUUCAUUCCUUAGCUAAUUCAGGUUCUUUUCCUCUAAUGACCUAAUAAAUAUUUCCAUCUAUUUUAGCUAUUUGUCUGCUUUAGGGAUUACUGAACAUGCUAAGAAGAGAACUCAAUAUCUUUCAGGAGCAACAAAACGAAAGGUCAUUGUUUUUUAUAAAUGUAUGUUAGACUAAUUUUUGUUCAGGUAUAUCCUUAAUUAAGUGAUAGUUUUUUAGUUAUUCUAAUUUCUGGUAAUAUAAUGUACUGUUGCUCAAAGGAGAAAAUGUGUUUGGUACUUCUUGUUGUUAUAAUGCUGGUUCUGCAAGUGAGAAAGAUGAAGCAAAUCCCUUCUUCUCUGCUCAAUGGAUAUCAAGAAACAAAGAUCGCAGCAUUUUUAUAGAAUGGUAGUAAAUUUAUACUAAUUCUCUCUAUCCCUUUUUCUCAAAGGCCAGUUUUGCCAUGGCAAUGCUGGGGGAUCCACAGCUGUUGCUGCUUGAUGAGCCUUCCAAAGGCGUGGACCCUUCUGCCAGACGUUGCUUAUGGUGAGAAGUUGACUGAACUGUACUAGAUCCUUCAUGUUUAAUCCUUUAACCCCUAAGAGUGACCAGCAUCUAAUUUCUCCUGAAAAUAUCACCCCUGAGUCAAACAUUAGAGUCACGAGCAAAAAGAAAAUGAUCAACUAAAUAAGUUCUGGAAUGGUAUACAAAUUCUCCUUGUCAACACCUUAAGAAAUAUGUAGAAAAGUAUGGAGAAUAUGCCUACUGAUGUCAGUGGGUAAAGGGUUAAUCCUUUACAACCUAACAUCAAUAUGGAUAUUCUCCAUAUAGUACAUUUCUUAAUGUACUGACAAGAAAAAUUUGUUUAAAAAUUAUAUCAAGAGCUUCUUUAGCUGGUAAUCAUGUCUUUUCUUCUUGUGACCUUAACAUGUGAUUCAGGGGCGGUGUUGAAAGGAAAAAUUUAGAUAGAAGUCAUUCUUAGAGGUCAGAGGGUUGAUUGCAUGUGUUUAGUUUCUUAAGACAAACCAUUUGCUGCACCUGCUUUAGCUUCUGAUGUUUUGUGAUGUACAACUUUCUGGCAACAACUAGUUUUAGCCCUCAAUUCUCACAAAAAAUUGUUAUAUCUAAGUCCAAGUGUUAGUGUCUUUCACUGCUUUGGACGUUUCUGUGAGGCCAUAUCACCAUUGCUAAAUACACUCACAUAAAUGUACAAAGUUAUGCAGAUGUUUGCUGCAUCAAAGCUACUGCUUGUUUUCCUGUCCCAUUAUCAGGAACACCAUCAGCAGGAAUGUCCAUGGAAAGAGAGGAGCUGUUCUAACAACACAUUCCAUGGAGGAGGCUGAUGCUUUGUGUUCACGAGUUGGAAUCAUGGUGAAAGGCCAACUCAAGUAAGUUAUAUUUCAAACAAAUGCCUUUUCUUUUAUAAGGAAGAGUUGUUGUCCCCUUAACCUUUUUCUUGAAUAAUAGGUCAUUUACAGUUGUGUACGUAUAGUUGCUAAGCCUUUGAUCUGGAGUGAGGCUGAAAGUAACCUUAUUAUGAUUGAGACCAGUAUCUAGUUAGCAUAAUAACAAAGUAAUUUACAUUUGAAAUGCAGCAAGGUUUGUAUCAUAACAAGGUCAACCUUAGCCUCACUCCUGCUCAAAGGCUUAGGAACCAAACAUGCAACUGUAGAAUAGACAAUAUCUCAACUUCUUGUGUUUUCAGGUGUCUUGGUUCAACACAACAUUUAAAGAGUACUUAUGGCAGUGGUUACACCUUGGAAUUAAAACUGAAGAAAACCCACACCUCAGGUCCAUGCCCAGAAGGUUCAAUGGAGCAGUUACACAACUAUGUCAUUGAGCUGCUUCCAGGUGCAACCCAGUCUGAAGUGUUUGGUGGAAGAGUGAUAUACAAGGUCCCAAAGGAAGGUGUUGGGGCACUAUCAGUCAUCUUUACUAAACUUUGAAAAAGGUACGGUGUCUAUCUUUUAGGAUUGAUUGGGCCUGAUAGCAUUCAUUAACUUUGUGAAAUGGAAGUUGGGUGCCUGGAGUAUCAAGAGCCUUCCACUGUGGCAAGAGAGCCCCAGAUAAAAUAUGGCUGCAAAAAUUCCCUCAACCUAGCAAUAAGUGGCUUUUCCAAGACCUUGCCAAUAUUAAUUGUAUCUGAGUGGAGGAACAAUCAAGGAAGGGGCAGAUUGAGGUGGGGGGACAUUUGGAAACAACCAUUAAAAAUGUGCUUACAACUGCGAAGGACCAAAUGCUAUGAAACUGCUUAACCUGUAGAGACUAACAUCUAAUUUCUCCUUACAAUUUUACCUCUGAAUCUUGCACAAAGGUCACAAGAAAACAGAAAUAUCAACAACUAAAGGAUUUCUUGAUUGGUUUAAAAAUUAUCUUUGUCAGUACCUUACAAAAUGAGUAGAGAACAGUAUGGAGAAUAUGUGUACUGGUGUUCAGUUCUAAAGGGCUGAGAACUCAAACAGGCCAGCUGUGACAGAGUUGCAACAUUCCUUUUGAGCCUGCACCAAAACCAUUGACUGACUACAGUUCAUUUUGUUCAGUAAAAUGAACAGUGUUGAACAAAAACCCAGAAUCAAAUUGGACAGGAUUAGUCAAUCUGCUUUUUUCUUAACAUUUUAAGCUGUGCUACAGAAGGGGUUCCAGUCAUGUAGCUCUUGGUAGAUAGGUUGAACCUCAUGAUUAUGCCACUAUAGCUGUGACUUAAUGUGUUUGUUCUAAAGCACUUGACAGGGUUAAGGAGAAUUAAAAACAAUCUCUCUUAUUUCCAUCUACAAACAUUACACUAUCGAUAUUGCUGAUCCUAGCAGUAUGCAGGAUGCAUGUUGUAGGAACUUCGUAAUAGACCUCGCUCACUGUGGAGUCUCUAUGGCUCAGUGGUAGAGCAUUGGUGUGCGGAGUCUGAAGGUCUGAGGUUCGAUUCCUCAUGGGGACUCUGAAUUUUUCUGUGUCCCACACUCAUGACAAGACGAAAAAUAUCUUUCUCAACAUUAUAGCAGUGUUUUAAGUGCAAUUUGAUGGAAUAUUGAUUCACUAAAUUCAGCUGUGUUUAUUUUUUUAGCUAAGGAAGAAAUUGGGAUAGAGGAGUACAGUUUCAGUCAGUCUACACUGGAACAGGUAUAAAAUGUUUUUUACUCUUUUAUGGUCAGCAAAUUGCAGCAAAUUUUUGUGGAGAGUUGAAUACAACCAGGGAUUGGUUUUAUUUUCCUUUACUCUGCCCUCAGCCUCUAUGCAUGGUGUGGGAAACUUGCAGUACCUUCUCAACCAAUCAGUUGCAAGCAAUCAGUUGCAAUCAAUCAGUUGUGCUAAUAGUGCCAGACCCCCAGCUAACCUCUCCCCAACUUAUCUCAAAUCUUCCUGUGGGCAGAGAACCCUGAACAAGGGCCUAUUUGUAGGCCAACCACAACUGUACUGACAGACCUUUACAAGCUGCGCUGUAAAUCUCAGUGAAAUCAGUAUUUUACUCAUUUAUUUUGAUUUCUAUUUGCUUUAAUUUGAAACAAUGGUAUCACCACUUGCCUCUGAAAUUCAUUCAAAAUAAAAACAAUGCAUCACUUUUCAACCCUACUUCAUAUUGUAUUAUAUGACACUUGUUUCAAGAGGCCAUUUUACAGUUGUGUACUUAGUUGCCAAGCCUUUUAUUUGGAGUGAGGCUGAAGGUGACCUUGAUGUGAUAGAGACCAGUAUCCAGUUAGCAUGAUAACAAAGUAAUUACCAUUUGAAAAGCAGCAAGCUUUGUAUCAUAACAAGAUUACCCUUAGCCUCACUCCUGUUCAAAGGCUUGGCAACCAAGCACACAAUUGUGAAAUGGUCUAUUUAUAACUGACCAAUCAAACUGCUCACUUUUAACUACAAUGAUAUCCUCAGGUUUUUCUGGAGUUCACAAAAGAACAAGAUGAUGACAGGACUGGAGCUGAACAUAACAGAGAAGAGAAUGUACAAAAUGGUGGAUCCCACCCAGCAGUGUAACCUGAGUGUCAUGCAUAGGACCUGGGUCACAAGUAGAGCCUUUUUACAGAGCUUCCCUUGGUAUUCCAAGUUUGCAGUUUUUAAUUCAAGUAUAUCUUUUCAAUGGUAUUGUUAUAAACUCAACACUCAUUUUUCCAAUUAAAGACAUUAAUUGACUAAUGGAAACCAAAAUAAAAGAGACCUAAACUUAAUUACACUUGUCAAAAAAGUAUAUUUUAUAAUAAUAAUCCAAAAAAUUAAUUUAAAAUCAAUGAUGUCCCAUACAAACAAAUAAUAACUUAAAAUCAAAUAAUUUCCAAUGUGACAAUUUGUGAAAUGACCCUAAUGCACCAAUUAAUUCAAAGCCUCAACAUAAAUUGCUUAGUAUAUACAACAAAAUGGUAUACUCAUGACGUGAAAGGAUAAUUUCAUUGCAUUCUGCUUUGCAUUCUGUCAUUUUAUAAGUCUUGGUAUUGGACAAGAAGUAAAAGAAUACCCACAGCUCUUGUUGGAGGGGGGAUCAGAGCUCCCUGCACUGCCCCCCUGGAUCUGCCAUUGAUUACUAAAGGAAAUUUAAAUGUAAUCCCAUCAGUAGGUAACAAUUACACAUGUUAAAACAGGAUUCUUUUAUAGUUGUACUUGUGUGCUAUCUUAUUUCAAAAAACAAUCAAGUAAUAUUUGAAUAAAAUCUUUUUAUCCACAUUUAUAAAGACAGA